AUGGGUUAUGGCAGCUGUGAGAAGGGUUACAAGGUCUAUAAUCUUCAAACUGAGAAGAUUAUACUCUCUAGAAGUGUUGUUUUUGAUGAGAACAAAUCCUGGAAUUGGGAAAGCAAGCAAGAUGAAACUGUCUCUGUGCCUCUCAUCUUUGAAAAUGGAAAUUCUGAGAUAGCUAAAACAGAAGCAGCCUCUCAUGAAACUCACAGCAUUGAUUCACCAAAUCUGAAUAAAUUAAUCUCAGAUGAUGAACAUGUCUCUGAGAGAAAUGGCAGUGGUACCAGUCAAGGGUCAACUCCAAGCAAUACACCAGUGAAGCUGAGAAGUUUGGAGGACAUUUAUGCAAGAUGUCACAUGACCAUCAUUGAACCUGAAACUUACUAUGAAGCUGUUGAAGACAAAGCAUGGAAGGAAGCAAUGGAUGCUGAGAUAGAAACUAUUGAAAAGAAUGGAACUUGGGAGCUAGUGGAAAGGCCUACAGAUAAACCAGUCAUAGGAGUCAAAUGGGUGUUCAAAACCAAGCUGAAUCUUGAUGGGACAGUUCAAAAACACAAGGCUAGGCUUGUGGCUAAAGGGUAUGCUCAAAAACCUGGUAUUGAUUAUAAUGAAACCUUUGCCCCAGUGGCAAGGUUAGAUACAAUCAGAACUUUGAUUGCACUUGCACAAAAGGAUGUUAAGUCAGCCUUCUUGAAUGGAGUACUUGAGGAGGAGGUUUAUACUGAGCAACCAGAGGGGUUUGAAGUGAAAACAGCAAGUCAUAAGGUCUAUAAAUUAAAGAAGGCCCUCUAUGGUUUGAAGCAGGCUCCCAGAGCCUGGUACAGUGAAAUAGACACCUAUCUAACUAGCUGCAAUUUUAAAAGAAGCACCAGUGAGGCCACCUUAUAUACCAGAACUGAUGAAGAAGGAAAACUGAUCAUUGUCUCUAUAUAUGUUGAUGAUAUAGUUUAUACUGGAAACAGUAAUGCUUUGCUCAGUGAGUUUAAAAGGGACAUGAUGCAAAAGUAUGAAAUGACUGAUUUAGGACUCCUACAUCAUUUCUUGGGAAUGGGAGUUCUACAAACUGAAAAUGGAGUGUUUAUUCAUCAAAGCAAGUAUGCAAAGUCCUUGCUUGUGAAAUUUGGUCUCGAGGAUUGUUUGUUUAGAAAAAUUGUUGGCAGCCUGUUGUAUCUGACUGCAACCAGGCCUAAUAUAAUGUUUGCAGCCAGUUUGUUAUCAAGAUUCAUGCACAGCCCCACAAAGAAGCACAUGGGAAUUGCAAAAAGGGUUCUUAGAUACAUUCAAGGCACUCUCAGCUAUGGCAUUGAAUUUACAAGGGAUAAUAAUGCUGUUCUGGUUGGCUUUUGUGACUCUGAUUGGGCUGGCAGUGAAGAUGACAGUAGAAGCACAUCUGGAUAUGCAUUCAGUUUUGGUAGUGGAGUUUUUUCAUGGGCUUCAGUCAAGCAAAACACAGUUGCAUUGUCAACUGCAGAAGCUGAAUACGUUUCAGCAGCUGAGGCAACAGCUCAAGCUAUCUGGCUAAGGUUUGUGUUGGAUGAUUUUGGUGAAAUGCAAUCUGAUGCAACACCAUUGUUUUGUGACAACAUGUCAGCAAUAUCAAUGGUCAAAAAUCCUGUUUUCCAUCAGAAAACAAGGCACAUAAACCGAAGGUAUCAUUUCAUAAGGGAAGCUUUACAAGAAGGGGUGAUUGAUAUAAAAUUCUGCAGAAGUGAAGAACAGUUGGCAGAUAUUUUUACAAAAGCUCUGCCCAAAGAUCGAUUCAAUUAUUUGAGGUUGAGGCUUGGAGUUAAACCAAUUGAUAGUGAAGAGGAUGAAGAAAUCAAAGGAGCUGAAGAACUUUCCGUUUAUAGUAGUAGCCGUUAUAGGUUAUUACCAACGGCUAGUUUUCCUACUAUUUUGGGAAACUCUACAGCUGUCAUUCUUAGCUGUCUUAGUCCUUUAUGCUGUAACAAUUUCUAUCCUGGGUGUUGCAUUGGCGGCUGUGAUGAGACUCUUAGACAGUUGACGGAAAUCUGUGGAACUGGUUCUCGGUUGUCAGAUUAUGACCAAUUUAAGGGUAAUAUCAGUUUUACCGGGAUCACUACACCCUUAUGCCCUAUCGCGGUUUGGAACCACCCAAAAUAUGGUGCAUGCGCACUCUAA